CUGCUCGUGAUGCGAAAACAGCUGGACGCAAGAAACAUCAGGUCAGAUAAACAAACAUGGGCUCGAAAUAAAUGGAGAGGUCUUCGCUCACAAAGAGCACGUUAAUUUAACAAGUAAGAAAGAAUAUACAUAUAUAUGUGUGACUGUUCCAGGCAUAGUUUAGUAAAAGGAAACAUUUUUCCCUCGACAACUGCAGCCAAGUAAGGUCAUACAUGGAGAUAUUACGUCGCUAAGCAGAACUAUUAAGCUAUGCGUUGUAUUGAGGGGAGCAUCAACCAGCCGUGUUAAAUUGGGUAAUUUAUUCUGGCUUCGGAAAAAAACGACGUAUAUAUAUAUAAAAAAAAACAGAACGCUGUUUUCCAUCCUAGCGGGGCCACCUGAGGCUUCGGGUGAAUUGCCUGAGCAAUGUAGCUAGAAACACGGCGCUCUUUUUCAGCGAACGAUGGGACCUAUACUUCAGGAACGAGCAACAACAACUGCCUUCAAGAAGAUUUCUGUUAAGGAAAGAAUCCGGACAAAGAAUUCUGGGAUCAACAAUCAAAUGGCAAGCUCCAAGAAAGGGAAAGUGGGUCAAAAUUGCAGGCCCCAGAAAAAGGCAGGAGCACAGCCAAAAUAUUCUUCUGCACAGGAGGGCAAGGACCCCUCUCCAGCCCCAGAGACAGGUUCACAGCAGAAGGGGAACAGGGCUAAACCUGACACUCACUCCAUCACAGACAACCACAGUCUGCUCAGUGCAGCGCUGGUCCAGAAGUCUCUGGUGUCCCCACCUAAAGAGAGAGCUGAGGACAGAGAGCUGGGUUCACAGUGCCGUGGUGAGAACGACAGAACCCACUGGGGUCAGGGGAAGAGCCGGCGGGCGCUGUCCCUCCCCCUGACCCCCCGCUCUGAGCUGCAGCAGGAGCUGCUGGAGCGACAGGCCCCCACCCUGGAGGCUCUGCAGCUGUACGAGCAUGAGGAGGACACGGACAGUGCCAGCGACCUAUCCGAUUCAGAGAGGCUUCCUGUUCUUCCCUCCCCCUGCACCCCCCCUCACCUCAACCUGAGGGCUGAGGUCAUCAACCCCAAUGACUUCCACCCACCCUUCCCCGGCCCUCGUGGGCUAAACCAUGGCAGCUACAGCUACCCAGACUUCCUGCCCCCGCCUUUCAACACCUGGAGCCUCCGGCAGCUGGCCCUCUUCCUCAAUACUGAGGGCCGAGGGGCACCCCGGCCCAGGCCUGUGGGCAAGCUGGAAAAGUACCUGGAGCGGCUGCUGCAGCUGGAGUGGCUCCAGAUCCAGACAGUCCAGGAGGAGAAUGGCAAGCCUGUGGCCCCUGUGUCUGCCAGCCGCCCCCGACCUCACACCGCUCCCCCCGCUCGCCUCAGCUCUCCCAAGAGCCUCAGGCAAUGCCAGCGUGCCUUUCCCCUUGCUUUCCUUUCUUCCUUGGGGAACCCCUCCACCAUGCAGCUCUCGGGCCGCUAUUGUCCGCACUGCCGCAUCCGCUACCCUUUCUGCAACGGGACCUGCCGCUCUUACGCCUACCAGCGCCACUCGCGGCUCAGCCCCCUCCUGGAGCGCCGGGCGCAGGCCAGCGUCCCUCCUAAGCGCAGCAGCAGUGAGAGCCGAGUCCCGGCUCCCGACCCUGGGCCGGCCACGUGGGGGAGAAAGCCAGGGAGCCCGAUGACUGGGAACGGCCACCUAAAGCGAAUGCAGGCUGUGGGAAACAUUCGCAACCCUUCGCCAGUCCAGAGUCCCACCGGCAAACUCCAGCCAGCCCCUAGGAACACCAGUAAUGGGGCUGGGACCGGCAGGCCAAAGGGACAGUCGGAGGGCAAGGGUGCCCGCUAUGGCAGUUUAAGAGAGGUUAGCCCAAUGAGGAGUGGAAAUGAGAGGAAGAGAGUGGGCAUGGUUGCACAAGAGCCAAAACCAUGUGCUGCCAAAACAGCCAAAGCUCAUUCUCCCGUCACCAAGGGCCCGCCCACUGACAGGCCCAAUGGGAAGGUGAAACACGUUGAAUUUGUCACUAAUUAGCACUAUGUGAAUUUUUCCCAGUCCCUGAGGGCCUCAAUUUCCCUUGCACUAUAAAAAGUCUUGAAUGCAUCAGAAAAAUAUCCUUGUGUAAAUUAAAUACCACAAUUGACAGAAAAAUAAAUAGCUUCUUCUGUGUGCUGUAAUAAUCUACCAGUUAGCGCACAGUAUUAUUGCCAUCAAUUAUUGAAGGCUCACUUAUAGCGAGGUAUAUUUGCUUUAAAUACAAACAAAAAAAGAACACAAUAUCUUUUCAAAAAUGGUCUUAGACUGAAUAAAUGGUUUUUCAUUACUAAAGUCAGUUUGAUGAUCAGAAAACAAAUAAGCUUAAAUGUUGAAUUAUUACUUAUAUUUUUUAAUGUUGUCAGUUGCUGUCAGUAUGUCAAGCUAUAGAAAUCAAGCAAAAAAAAAAAAAUGCAUAUAUAUUUUGUUGUGUUGUGUAAAAAAUUCAUAAUGAUGUAUGAAGAGCUUGUGUACGUCUCCCUCCAUGUCAGUUAUACACUGCAGGAGUAACAACGUUGAAUGAAGUAUCCAUAUAUUUUACUACUAUGAACGGUUUUGAUAAGCAGAUAAAUAUAUUUAAAUUGUAAUAGUUACUGAAAUAUUGAAAAUAUCAGAUAUUUCUUGAUGUGCAUUUUGCAUCGUUUACACUUAUGUGAUGUGUUUUUUUUUUUCCAUAGGACAGUAGGUUAGCUUUUAUGGUCUUCAUUUCUGUAAUGAUUAUGUGAAUGAUCUCUAGUUUAUUGAAAAAAUUGAUUUAGUUUAGGUGCACUGUGUUUUGUGCAGUAGCAUGCAAUACACGUUUGAAUGUCACAAAUAAAUUACUGAAUUAUUUUUACUCUAUCAUCCACAAUUAACAUAAUUGACAUGAUUGUGAAUGCUUAUUUUCAUAAAUCAGGGAAAAACAGAUAAAACAAGUCUGUUGCCUCAUAUUUUAAGAUUAUAGGCUACUCAAGAUCAAAGAAAUGUACGCAUUAUCAAGUUGUUUUGAAUGCCUCCAUUUGUAAAGCAUGAAUAAAUUAUUUUAUUUGCUUA